GAAAAUUUCUGCUUCGUGUCCAACAUUCCAGGCACAAGCUCCUAAUUUUCCUCACAUUGAUUCAGUCCCCAACUACUUGCAGAUGGCUCCGUGCAGAAUGCUGAACCAGAUACCUCGGGAACUAACAGACUGGAAAAAUAAUAUGACACAUGAGGUGAAAAGACUGUUCAAAUAUGUGGGACAUUUACCGAGUCUUCUAAGCAUAACUCCAAAUGUUGCAAUCAUUCAAGCUCUACUUGAGUACUGGGAUCCAGAAGGUUCUAUUUUUCGAUUCGGUGAAUGUGAACUAACACCAACUUUAGAAGAAAUAGAAGGAUUAUUGCAGAUACCUGGGAAAGGUUAUCCUAUGAUAUAUCCAACUAAUGGAACAAGGGAACAGUUUUAUAGGUUUUUGGGAUUAAGGCAGGUUAGUAUGAACCAACAUCCGGAUGCGAGAUCGUGUCCGUUAGAGUUUCUGUAUGAACGAUUUGGAGAAAGAGGGUCCUAUGAACAGUACCGAACCGAUUUUUUUAUAAGUAAGGAGCAAUGGGUAGAGAAGCGAGUGCAAGCGUUUGGAUUAGCUUUGAUCAAUCUGUUGUUGUUCCCGCAAAAGCAUGGAAAGAUCACAUUUUUCACUAUCAACAUGGUUCAGAGCCUAUUUUCAGGGAUUAAUGGAAUGACCCCUACCUUGGUGCCUGUAAUCAUUGCCGACAUCUUCAUGGCCGCUACUGAAUGUCAAAAGAAAAGAGGUUUUUUUUAUGGGUCAAAUUUGAUACUCCAAAUGUGGGCAAUGGAGCAUCUAGCGAAGAGAACGCUCAAUCCUUUGGGAUCUUGUCUCCCCGCAGAGAAUUGGAUCGAAUCACACCGAGAAAGGGUCAAAAAGUAUUAUCGAAUUGCAUCUCCGACUCAGUUUAUUCAAGAGUUCGAUAACUUGACACCUGAGAAAAUACAAUGGGUUUUGGAUUGGACAAAAGUUAGGGAUCCGGUUUUCACGACUACCCAACACAGUUUUAUCCCCCUAGCAGGCACCAAUGGAUUGGUCGCAUAUAUUCCGCAACGAGUCAUGAGGCAAUUUGGGUAUCCGCAAAGAAUUUCGAUGAUACAAGGGCUUGAAAAUAUCAGACUCAACACAGUUGCUGAAAGUCGGAGCAUGGUAUUGGAAGCUUGGGGAAAUCUUCUUAGUUUAGAGAGCUUGCACUUGGAUCAAGUGAACAAAUUGGAACCUAAGGUCAUUUCAGAGUAUAAUGAGUGGAUCAAACUGACAAUUGAACAAGCUCGAAAGAAGUCACAGUCCGCUCCUGUCAGCCCUGAAGAGCAGAUAGACAAGCUGAAGAAAGAACUCGAGGAUUAUCAAUUGCAACUCAUAGUGGCCGACCAUGCCCUGGAAGACGCUCGAGCGCAAUUAAAGUGGGAGACAAGAAAAACUGAAAAGUUGGAGAGAGCCCUGGAUGCAUUUGACAAAAUUCGAGAAGGAAUUCGGAAGCUUAGUAUAGGAAGGUCUAAGGAGUCUCAACGUACUAGUUUAGCAAGGCAUGAGGAUUUUGUAAAAAUGGUCAAUCGAACCAUCAAUGAAGCUAUAUUUUUCACAAUUGCUACCCAAAGAAGCCCCAUCAUCACCAGGUCUCGAAGUAGAGCCUUGAGACAGCCUGUAAACAUGAGUUCAAUGCCUGAGGCUUCGGAAAGAUCUGCUAUGGUUACAUCACCGGACUUCACAGCAUUGGGAGCUCAGUUAAGUGAGGUACUUGACAAGUUCAAUGACUUAAGUGUUGAAAUGGCCGCACAGAGGCUUGUCAUUGAUCAGUUGGUAACAAGCAAUAGCGGUGGUGGUGUCCCAAAUGACCGAGAACCUGUCGAUACCCACCCACAUGCACAAGACAAUCAACCACCUCACACAUCCAAUGCCCAGACAACUUUCCUUCCUUCCUUCGCUAAUCCCCUUGAAAAUACCUUUACCCAACUAAAUUCAGACCUUUCCUAUACGCAUCCGAAUUAUAUACUGAUUAACCCAACCAGUAACCAAAUCCCUCAAACCCAUCCACAAACUAAUCUGAACGUUCCCCCCAACCCUCAGGAACCUCACCAUCACGUUGCAGCACCUUUUGUGUUGGACACUGCAGCUCAAGGGAAGGCGGCGGUAGAAGAACAACCUGUGCCUAUUGACAAAGAUCUGUUGAGAAGAUUGGAUCGAUUCGAUGAUUUUAUGAAAAAGAAUCAAGGAUUGAGCAGGCAUAGUGGGUUGGAUUACGAUGAAUUGUGUCUUUUCCCAGAUAUUCAGCUACCAUUGGGAUUCAAAACUCCCAAAUUCAGCAAAUAUGAUGGAACUGGAAAUCCCAAGACGCAUCUUAAGAUGUUUGCCAACAAGUUAGGUAAGCCAGUGGAUGAUGAAAAUUUGCCUAUGCGUCUAUUUCCGGAAAGUUUAGAGGGGGACGCUCUAGAUUGGUAUUCAAAUUUGAAAUCUGGAGAGGUAAAAACUUGGUUAGAUCUGUCAACAGCUUUUGUGAAGCAGUAUGAGUUUAAUUGUGAAUUGGCACCAACACGAACAACACUGGAGGGUACAAAAAGAAAGCCAUCGGAAGAUCACAAGACCUAUGCAAAGCGGUGGAGAAAGUUAGCUGCCAAAGUGGAGCCACCCAUGACUGAGGAGGAGAUUGUUCGUACUUUCAUCAAGGCUCAUGAUCCACCCUACUUCGAAGAGAUUUUUCGCAUGACUGGAAGUUCAUUUGCCGCUAUUAUUAACAAGUUUGAGGAAUACGACGAGUUUGUCAAGGCAGGGAAGAUUGUUAAUGUAUCGGCAUUGAAGUUGCAAUUGGAUGCUCUACAGAAUCAAAGCAACAUUGGGAAAAAGUCCCAAUUCAAGAAGAAAGAAGGAGAAACUGCUUUUAUAUGGGAUCAAGGCCCGUCUUUUAGACCCAAAAACCAUCCCAUCUAUUCUGUUCCUUACCAGUAUUACACCAACGCUCAACCAGUCUACCACGCUACUACCCAACUCCAUCAUUCCCGACCAAGUCAUUUGAAUACCUCACCAUUACCUCCGACUCCACAACCUAUCUUUCAAAAUCACUCCCGUCCCAAUUAUUAUCCCAGACCAACCCUACAAAAUAAUAACCCUUCUCAAAAUCCUUUUCAAACCAGGAAAGUGCAAAAUCAAAGGCAAUUUCGAACCUUCACCAAUUUGGGCCGACCCAUUGAUCAAUUGUAUGAGCAGUUAAGAGCAGCGGGAAAAAUUAGCACUGUUCCUCCCAAACUCUAUCCCAGAGGUCCUCCUGACAGUUAUGAUCCACAAGCAAUCUGUGCCUACCAUUCUGGAAGUCCAGGCCAUACCACUGGCAAUUGUUGGGCUCUAAAACAUAAGAUCCAGGAUAUGAUUGAUUCUGGAGACAUCGUUCUUAGAAGAAAGGGAGAGCAGGGACCGAAUGUUAGUAAGAAUCCUUUACCUGAGCAUGGGAACACUGUGGGAGUUAUCAUCGCUGAUGAAGAUUGUGUAGAUCCCACUCAGUACAUUGUAGAUGAAACUGAAGUGUUUGGCGUGAUGGAGGCUGAUCAUGCGAGAAUGAGAAAACUGUCGCCUGUUGAAAAGUCCAUGACUAAGGAUAAUGUCGAGGGAAAUUUGAAAUCUUUUGUGUUUGAAAAAGAAGAGCCAUUCAUAGCAGAAGGGGGAGUUUCCGAGGUUAACAAAGUUCCUUUUAUUCUGGAUCUGCCAUCUUUUGAAUGGGAUGUAUCAGAGCCUGUUAUUCUCGAAUUUCCAGAACAAAUGCUUGUCAAUAACUUGCAAGAGAUACCAUGGAACUAUGAGGAACCUAGUCUGUUGAUUGGAGAUAAAAAAUGCUUGAAGGAGGAGGUACCUACUAUUGCCAGGUUUGAAAAAGUUGCGAAAAAUUCCGAAAUCGGCGUUCAAUUCAAAGCCAAGGAUAAUUCUUCAACCCCCAAGCCUCUUGUGUCUGAAAAGGAAGCUGUGGAUUUUUUAAAGAUGCUGAAGAGAAGUGAGUACAAAACAGUGGAGCAAUUGGAUAGGAUGUCUACUCAAAUUUCUUUUCUGAAUCUUCUCUUGACCUCCGAGCUACAUAGAGAAGCAUUGCUCAAAAUUCUGAAUGAAGCUCAAGUCCCUAAGGAUAUUCCGGUGGAUAAAUUUUCUAACAUCGUGGGGAAUGUACUUGCUGCUAAUCAUAUUGCCUUCUCUGAUGACGAUCUGACUGUAGAGGGGAUCGGGCAUAACAGAGCCUUGUAUAUAUCAGUCCGUUGCAAUGGAAAGCUGUUGCCGAGGGUUUUAGUGGAUAAUGGGUCAGCGUUGAAUAUCUGUCCAUGGAACACUCUCACCAAGCUUGGAUUUCUUGAUAUUAAACUCCGUCCAUCUGCAACUGUGGUUCGAGGAUUUGAUAGUUCAAAAAGGGAAUCUAUGGGUGAAGUAGAUCUGGUAUUGGAGAUAGGCCCUGCUCAAUUCCAAGUUACUUGCCAAGUCAUGGACUUCUCCGGCGUUUACAAUAUUUUGCUUGGAAGACCUUGGAUACAUGCUUCCAAUUCAGUGCCAUCUUCGUUGCAUCAAAUAUUGAGAUUUAUUGCGAAUGAUCAACUCAUUACUGUGUUUGCUGAGGAUGACUGUACCAUGAUCGUUGAUGCAAAAUUCAAUGGUGAAAACAGACAAAGGAAUCCAAUUUCAGCUCAUCAUGUUGCUGACAUCGUCUCUGUGGGAUGGGCAUCCAGGGAUAAGUCUCUAACUCAUUCAGAUUUGCCAGAUGCCAGUAUUAUGAUGGCGAGGGAGAUGAUCCGAGGCGGAUACGAAAUAGGAAAAGGUCUUGGGAGAGAAUUACAAGGAAUUUUGGAGCCAAUAGAGAUCCCGACGCAGAAGGAUACAUUUGGAUUGGGAUUUCAUCCGACUGCUAAGGAUAGAAAGGAAAUGCAAGCUCGAAAACAAGCUGAAAAGAAGGGCAAGCAAACUGCCUUAAAUAUCCCGCCGCUAUAUCACACUUUUCCUCGUCCAUCAGAAGUGAUCAUGCCAGAAACAAAAAAUUUUGUGGAAGAAAUUGAAGUGGACCUAUCUCAAUUAUUUGUCGGGGCAAUUGAUGAAGAGGAGCCAUCAGAGAAUUUAGAAUUUUUGCCAAUUAUCGAGGGAGCCAUUCAAAAUUGGACUGCUGAUUAUUUUCCCUCUCGAAGGGAAUUUCGAUGGCCACAAAUAAAACCCUUCGACCCUUUGGAUGUCACCAUUUUGGAAUUCGAUGGCUGCAAUCUCGAUAUCUCUCAUGAGCUUGAAAUCAUGCAAUCUGAAAUUCAAAACGAGAGCGACAAUGAGGAAGAAUUUGAGUCUGUUUCCAGAGAUUUAAUACAGUAUGAAGAGAAAUCCAAACCCAACUUAGAAGAAACAGAAAUCAUCAAUAUUGGCACUAAGACCGAGGUUAAAGAGGUUAAAGUCAGCAUUCAUUUGAAUAAGAAACAGAAGGAGGAAAUGAUUGAAUUCUUAAUGCUAUUUCAAGAUGUGUUCGCAUGGUCCUACGAUGAUAUGCCAGGGAUCUCUACAGAUAUAGUGGUUCACAGGUUGCCAAUUGAUCCAAAUUUUUUACCUGUAAAGCAGAAGCCGCGUAAAUUCAAACCAGAAAUGAGUCUCAAGAUAAAGGAACAAGUUGUGAAGCAACUCAAUGCUAAGAUAAUCAUGGUGUCUCAUUAUCCCACCUGGCUAUCGAACCCUGUGCCAGUGCCUAAGAAAUCUGGUGAAGUGCGAGUAUGUGUUGAUUACAGAGAUUUGAAUAAGGCCAGUCCGAAAGACGAUUUUCCUUUGCCAAACAUUCAUAUUCUUUUGGACAAUACUGCUGGACACGAAAUUGAAUCUUUUGGUGAUUGUUUUGCUGGGUAUCAUCAAAUUUUAAUGGCAGAAGAAGACAGAGAGAAAACCUCUUUUAUCACCCCAUGGGGAACCUUUUGUUAUCGAGUGAUGCCUUUCGGGCUGAAAAAUGCUGGAGCCACUUAUCAGAGAACCAUGACUACUUUGUUCCAUGACAUGAUUCACAAGGAGAUGGAGGUUUAUGUGGAUGAUAUCAUAAUUAAAUCCAAGAAGGUUGAUGACCAUUUGGUUGAUUUAAAGAAGCUGUUUGAAAGAUUGAGGAAGUAUAAUUUGAAGUUGAACCCUGCAAAAUGUGCUUUUGGAGCUCCGGCUGGUAAGUUAUUGGGUUUUAUUGUCAGCAAAAAGGGCAUAGAGAUAGAUCCUGCGAAAAUAAAAGCAAUUCGAGAUAUGCCCAUUCCAAAAUGUCAAAAAGAUGUGAAAAGUUUUCUUGGAAAGAUCAAUUUCAUUGGCCGAUUCAUUGGACAGUUAACCUCUACCUGUGAGCCUUUGUUCAAAUUGUUGAAAAAAAAUGCGUCAAUGGAUUGGAAUGAAGAUUGUCAACAGGCUUUUGAUAAGAUCAAGAAUUAUUUGUUAAAUCCUCCGGUCUUAGUGCCACCUCAGCCAGGGAGACCUCUGAUUAUGUAUUUGUCUGUUCUUGAUGAGGCUGUCGGAUGCGUUCUGGGACAGCAUGACGAGUCUGGGAGAAAGGAACAAGCCAUCUACUAUCUGAGCAAGAAAUUUACAGCAUAUGAGGCCAACUAUUCUUUCCUUGAGAGAAGUUGUUGUGCUUUAGCAUGGGCAGCUCAGAAAUUGAGACAUUAUUUGCUCGGUUAUACCACUUACUUGAUUUCCCGUUCCGAUCCUCUGAAAUACCUGUUGGAAAAGUCGAUGCCCACGGGACGUAUGGCUAAGUGGCAAAUGAUCCUUUCCGAAUUCGAUAUUGUCUUCACAACACAAAAGGCAGUCAAGGGUCAAGUUAUAGCAGAUCAUUUGGCAGAAAAUCCAAGAGAUGAUGAUUAUCAGCCAUUGCAUACCUACUUUCCUGAUGAAGAAAUCCUGUUCGUUGGAGCGGUUGAGGACAUGAGUGAGCAGUAUCCUGGAUGGAGGUUAUUUUUUGACGGGAAACAUUAUCCUGCUACUGCCAAAUUACGAUUUCCUUGUACCAACAACAUGGCUGAGUAUGAAGCUUGUAUUUUUGGAUUGAAAAUGGCAUUGGACAUGGAGAUCAAGGAUCUGAUAGCAUUCAGUGAUUCAGAUUUACUUGUGCACCAGACGCUUAAACAGUGGGUAACUCGGGAUUCAAAAAUUAUGUUGUAUCAUUGUAACUUGCUUAGUUUGGCCAGCAAAUUCAGGAAUUUGGAACUCAGACAUAUUCCCCGCACUCGUAAUGCCUUUGCUGAUGCUUUAGCUACUCUGUCUUCGAUGAUCCAACAUCCAGAUGAGCUGGUGAUUGAACCUAUACAGAUUCAACUUCAGAAUAGGCCAGCGCAUUGUCUGGUUACAGAAAGGGUCACUGAUGGUCGCUCCUGGUACAAGGAUAUUAAGGAAUUCAUGAAAACAGGAUCCUACCCUCCUGAUACUGAUUCUGUUGCAAAAAUUUUCUUACGCAGAAUGUCAUCAAGAUUCUUCUUGAAUGGAGAAGUGCUAUACAAGAAAACAUCUGAUUUGGGCCUUCUGAGAUGCAUCAAUGAAGAGGAAGCCGAUUAUAUGAUGAAAGAGAUGCAUAGUGGGGUUUGUGGGCCACACAUGAAUGGGCAUCUACUGGCUAAGAAGAUCAUGAGAACAGGAUAUUUUUGGCUUACCAUGGAUAUGACUGCUCCAUGGCCAUGUUCGAUCUGGGGAAUGGAUGUGAUCGGAACUAUUGAUCCUUCUGCUUCAAAUGGGCAUCGAUUCAUUUUAGUGGCGAUUGAAUAUUUCACCAAGUGGGUUGAGGCCGCAUCCUAUAAGCAUGUGACUAAGAAAGUGGUGUCGGAUUUCUUGAGAAAUAAUAUCAUCUGUCGUUUUGGGGUACCAGAGACGUUGAUCACUGAUAAUGCCAAGAACCUCAAUAAUGAUAUGGUGGAUGGAUUAUGUGAACAGUUCAAGAUUAAACAUCGAAAUUCGGCCAUUUACAGGCCUCAGAUGAAUGGAGCCGUUGAAGCUGCAAAUAAAAAUUUGAAAAAGAUUCUUAUGUAUGGAAUGGAAGCAGUCCUGCCUGCAGAAGUUGAAAUUCCUUCCUUGCGCAUUCUGAUGGAAGCUCAGAUAGAAGAAGCUGAAUGGGUUAGAGAACGUCAGGAGCAGUUGUCUCUAAUUGAUGAAAAGAGAUUGAAUGCCGUCUGUCAUGGACAAUGUUAUCAGCAACGAAUGGCCCGUGCUUACAACAAAAAGGUUAAGCCCCGUUUGUUUGAAGUUGGAGAUAAGGUUUUGAAACGGAUUCUUCCAAUGCAAGAUGAGGCUAAAGGGAAGUUUGCUCCCAAUUGGCAAGGACCAUUCAUUGUUAAGAAAGUGCUAUCCGGAGGAGCGCUUAUCCUUAUGGAAAUGGACGGUCAAAUUUUUCCCCAACCAAUCAAUGCAGACAUGUGCAAAAAGUUUUUCAUUUGA